AUGGGCUGGGUUAUUGAAGCCACGGCUGAGUUAUGGGAUGCUGUUACGACUGGUUUGGAGGAUGAACAAGAUGAAAUUGAGAAUGACUGCUUUAGUAACGUUGAAAUACACGACGUAGCCGGAGAUGAUGAAAUAGGCAAAGAAAACGAAGAAGAUGAUGAAUUUGAAAGUCGAUUUGAUAUGUUCGAUGACUCGGACGGUGCGUCAUCUGAAGAUGAUAACUUCAGCACAUACGGUGAGUCUCCUAUCGAAGAAGAUGAAGAUUCACCAACGCUACCUUCCAAGAAGAGAUAUCAGAACUUCUUGAUGAGCGAAUCUAAAGGGAAUGUGGAGGUUUUGAAGUUGGAGAUGUCGUCGUUAGACCUUGCGGUAGGACAACGAUACUUGACUAAAAAGCAUUUGAAGAGACGACUGAAACUUUUUACAGUGAGGCAUCAAUUUGAUUUUGAUGUAGAAAUAUCAAACCUGACAACAUACGUUGUUAAGUGUUGGGUUGAUGGAUGUACAUGGAGAGUUCGUGCAUCUACCGAAGGAUUGUCCCCGCAGUUUUAUAUUCGUAUUUACGACUCGGAUCAUGCAUGUUCUGUAACUGAGCGUUCUAAUCGAUCUCGAAAUGCAACACCGGAUAUUUUAGGAGAGUUGUACAAGAACUUUCUCGGCGACGUUGGUCCGGCCGUUCGCCCUGAGAGUGUCGGAAUAGCUAUCACUAAGCAGUUUGGUGUAAAGAUGGAAUAUUGGAAAUCACACCGGACGCUUAAAUGUGCAAGGGAAAUCGAUGAGGGCACACCUGAGUGUGGUUUUGAACUCUUGCCUUCUUACUUAUACAUGAUAAGAAGGGCAAAUCCGAAUACAGUUACGCGUCUUCAAAUCGAUGAGCUUGGAAGAUUCAUGUAUGUGUUUCUUGCGUUUGGUGCGAGCGUUAAUGGGUUUCCUUUCAUGCGCAAAGUUGUUGUCGUCGACGGUACGUUUCUUAAUGGUAAAUAUAAAGGGACGCUACUCACAGCACUAGCUCAGGAUGGUAACUUUCAGAUUUUUCCAAUAGCCUUCGCAGUGGUUGACACUGAAAAUGAUGAUUCGUGGAAUUGGUUUUUUACGCAACUAAAAGUGUUGAUUCCUGACCAGGAGGGUCUUGCGAUAAUAUCAGAUAGGCAUAACUCGAUAGGGAAAGCAAUUACAAAUGUGUAUCCGUUAGCUGCUCGUGGAAUAUGCACCUAUCAUUUGUAUAAAAACAUAUUGGGACGGUACAAAGGAAAAGAUGUAUUUCGGCUGGUGAAGAAAGCGGCGAGAUGUUUUAGAAUGUCUGACUUUGAUAUGAUUUUCGAGGAGAUUGAAGCACUUAAUCCUGAUCUCCACGGCUACCUCGAAAGAGCUGAUGUCAGACUGUGGACACGUGUUUAUUUCCCGGGCGAGAGGUACAAUUUGAUGACUACGAACAUAGCGGAAUCAAUGAACAGAGCAUUAUCGCAUGCUAGAGGUCUUAACAUUGUUCGAAUAUUGGAAUCGAUACGGGUUAUGAUGACCAGAUGGUUUGCUGAACGAAGAGUGGAUGCCAGAUCGCAGUCAACCACACUCACGCGCGGUGUGGAGAAACUAUUACAAGGACGUGUAAGUGCCUCCCGGGAUUGGACGGUUCAAAGGAUUGAUGACCAUCACACUGAAGUUAAAUAUGGCGCUGCUGGCGAGUCUUUGAAUGUUGUUAAUUUGGUUGAGCGAAAGUGCACAUGUCGGCGUUUCGAUGUCGAGAAAAUACCAUGUGUACACGCAAUCGCAGCUGCAGAGGAAAGAAAUGUUUCUCGUAUAUCACUGUGCAGUCCUUACUAUAAAAGCACUUAUUUAGCUAGCGCAUACGCUGAAUCGGUCAUGCCGGUUGACUCAGCGCUACCUGUUCCAGAUAACGUGGCUAACGUACAGUGCUUUCCACCGUUUAUUCGUCAACAACCGGGAAGACCUAAAAAAAAUAGGAUGAAAUCUGCUUUAGAAGUUGCACUUGCAAACAAACGUCCUAGGAAAGAGCACAUAUGUUCUCGUUGCAGUCAAAGUGGACAUAAUGCGAGAACUUGUCCGAUAUAA